GUUUGUGUGUGAGCAGCAGUUACCUCCAUAGUGAGAGUGUCGCUAACCACUGGAUCGUUCACGUGAAAAGACAAGAGGAAACCUGCACGCGGACCCUUUCUCUAGGACUUAAAGAAAAGUUUUAGCUAUUAACUCUCUUUUGGUACAGGUUGAAGCCGGUCCAGAAGCGAGCAGUAUGCAUUCAGACUGCAGGCUGCUAUGGGCAGAGCGGUAAUGGUGGGCAGGGGACCGACAGGGGCCGGGGUUCUCGUCCUGUCGAUUCUCAUCAUCCUCACCACGGAAGACUGUCGAGCACAGAAAGGUGAUGGCUGUGGUCCCAGUGUGCUCGGUCCCAGCAGUGGGACUCUGUCCUCUCUGGGUUACCCUGGGACGUACCCCAACAACACAGUGUGUGAGUGGGAGAUCAGCGUUCCCCACGGCAACAGGAUCCACUUUCGCUUUGCCGAGUUGGACAUCGAGAACAGUGAAUGCCAGGUCAACUACCUCCGCCUCUACAACGGCAUUGGACCUGGAAGGAGUGAGAUUGUGAAAUACUGCGGUUUGGGUCUGAAGGUCAAUGAGCUGAUCGAGUCCACUGGCAACCAGGUCACCGUCCAGUUCAUGAGUGGGACCCACCACACUGGACGUGGACUCUACCUGUCCUACUCCACCACUGAACACACAGAUUUAAUCACUUGCCUGGACAAAGGAACUGAUUUCUCUGAGGCAGAGUUCAGUAAAUACUGUCCCGCUGGCUGCUUGACUUCUCCAGAGGAGAUUUCUGGAACUAUACCUAAUGGUUACAGAGAGUCCUCUCCGCUGUGCGUGGCAGCAGUCCAUGCAGGUGUGGUGUCUAAUGCCGUAGGAGGGAGGAUCAGCGUGGUCAGCAGCAAAGGCAUCCCUCACUAUGAGGCCGCACUGGCGAACAAUGUCACAUCCACUGGAGGAACUUUGUCAAACAGCCUCUUCACCUUCAGGACCAAUGGCUGCUAUGGGACAUUGGGUUUGGAGUCCGGCGUUGCAGACACUCAGCUGUCUGCCUCGUCUGUCUGGGAGUGGAACAACAUCAUUGGUCAGCACAAUGUGUGGGGACCAUCAGGGGCUCGGCUGAAGAAGGUGGGGCUUCCCUGGUCACCUGCUCAGAGUGACCAACAUCAGUGGCUGCAGGUGGAUCUAAAGAGGGAGAAGAGGAUCACAGGCAUUAUCACCACUGGCUCUACUCUGAGAGAGUACCAGUACUACGUUUCAGGGUACCAGAUCCAGUAUAGUAAUGACGGCCAGCAGUGGUACAUCUACAGAGAAGCUAAUUCUACACACGACAAGAUUUUCCAGGGAAACAUCAACUACCUGCACGAGGUGAGGAAUAACUUUAUUCCUCCAAUUGAAGCCCGCUUUCUGAGGAUACAUCCGUCCUCAUGGCACCAGAGGAUUGCGCUCAAGUUGGAGCUGCUCGGCUGCCAAAUUCCUCCAGUGCGGCGGAGGACAGAACUGUCGCCCAGGAUAUUCUCACCUCCUCAUCAUUCCCCACCUUCUGCAGGAACAAAACGUCCACCUCACCUCGGCCAAACCACGCACACCCCAGACAUCAGAAACACCACAAUGCCUCCUCACACAGGCAAAGAUGUGGCCCUUGCGGCAGUCCUGGUCCCCAUCUUGGUCAUGGCUCUGACUGCCCUUGUUGUGAUCGUGGUUUGUGCUUUGCACUGCAGGAACAGGAAAAAAAGCUCUGAAGGGACGUAUGAUCUCCCUCACUGGGAUCGCACAGAUUGGUGGAAAAGCAUGAAGCAGCUGCUUCCCUCAAAGAUGGUGGAGGCCGAGGAUUCAGUUCGGUACAGCAGCAGUGAGGUGGGCCGGCUCACGGGGCGAGGAGCUGUGCCUAGACUGCAUGCUGAACCUGCAGAGUAUGCUCAGCCCCUGGUCAGCGGUGUAACAACACUGGGUGCUCGAUCCACCUUCAAACCUGAUGAGGGACCCGACCCAGGGUACUCAGACCCCGACCUGUACGACGCUCCCAUCUCACCAGAUGUUUACCACGCCUACGCAGAGCCCCUCCCAGCUUCAGGCUCUGAAUAUGCCACACCUAUUGUGGUGGACAUGGGCUGCCACCCAUCAGGUAGCUCCACUUUGAACCAGCCCUCCUCAGUGUGUAGCUUCAUGGGUGCUGGGGCGUCCUCCCUGCUCUCACAGACAGACAGCUCCCAUUCAGGGAGGUCAGCCUACGACACACCCAAGAAUGCCACUGGACAGGCCACGGCCAGCGAGGAUCUGACCUACCAGGUGCCUCAGAAUAAGCCAACAGGACAGAGCUGAAGAGCGUGGAUGCACAUUGUGUUAAUCUGCCCCUGUCCUCUUUGAUGGACCGAGAUGGAGGGAUGAUAAAGUAGGAGUGAGCCUCAGAGAUGGGCAUCAGUCUUGAAUGAACACUACCUUAGCUUUAGACCAUCUGGAGAUGUCUGUAUUGCCUUAAAUGUUUCUGCAUGGCCACAAUCUGCGCGUGUAGUGCCAUUACAGUCCUAUCACUGAAAACACAAAGAUGAAUGUGCUUGUGCCAGGAGUGAGAGGCGGAGACAAGACGGACUGUCGGAUGAAGGGAGGGAGGAUAAAAAGGAGAACGCUGACUACUAUUUGAAAAGACUUUGUCCCUGUUCUGUGAUUCUUAGUAGUUGUUGCAUUCUGUGAAACUGUGAUUUCCAUGAUUUCAUUUUUAUUCUGUUACAAAGUGAACCAGGUUAGGCUGAAAUGUGGCAGAUGCUUCAUAAAUCUGAGGCAGUUUUCACACAUGCACUGCUGAAAAUUUUGAGAAAAUUUCAGGAUGCUUUUACCCAGAAAUCUGCCAGAAUAGCUCCUUCAUCGAGAAGUUAUCCCUGCUGGAUUGGAGCUCAGACUAGCCAUGUCAUCACCCAUGCUCACUCGCUUACCGUGAAAUUCCCUCUUUUUUACUGUCUGCUCACACAUCGGCUUACCCUGACGUCAUACUGAAAUUUACUUCAGGGCUGGCAGGAAAAAUCUGGUAAAGUUUAAGUGCAGACACCUUAGCUGUUUGCUUUUACAUCCAUGCCUAGCCCUAAAAAUGUUCAGUAGUGUAUAUGUGAAAACACAAUGAGGGUUCUUACCCUGAAUCAACUGCAUGGUUCGUUGAAACCCCACAUCCAAGGUUGAGAAUUCCUCCUUUCUAGAGAGUCUCUUCUUUUCCAUGGUACGUUUUUGUCUUAUUUUUUUAAAGCAUGACUUGAAAUUGUGUAUAGUUCUAGUAAUUCCAUUUCUGCAAACCUGUUCGAGCUCUCAGAUGAUUUACUGAUAUUUAUUUUUAAUUCACAUCCUGCUGAAGAGGAGAAACUCAUAAAUAAAAAAGCAGCCCACCACUUAGCUUGCCAGUCAAAUAAAUGUAGUUGUUGGCACCUUUUGUGUCAGCCCAACUGAGAUGAUGGUGCAGUAAAUUUCUCUAUAGAGACAAUAGUUUUUGUAAUACUGAAGACCAAAUGUUGCCUUUUUCAGUGGUUAUGGUUUUAAAUCACAACAGAGCCAACUUUUGCAAACUACUUUGUGCUAGGUGCUCAUUUUCAGAUGUUAGAUAUAGGGCUGGUAGCAUUCAUCACAAUGCGAUUAAGCUUCAUUAUACUCCUAAAUGCCCCAUUUCAUUUUAAAAAUUCACAGACAGCCAAGUGGACCAGUCAAAAGUCCUCUGAACCUCAUGUUGUUAAACUUUUACCCUUUUACUGUUCCCUUAUUUCCUCUUCAAUCCAUGCCAAGUUCCUUUUACCGUGAUUAAAUUGCUGUCAGAAUCUUCAAAUGACCCAAAAUGCCUUAUUUUCUUUAAAAGCAAGUCUGUAUACAAACAGGAAAUCAAUUCAUGUUAGAUUAACUACAGAAUCUCCAAGACUUGAUGUGACUAGAAAUAUUACUUGUUUGACAGCUGUAGUUAUAAUGCUACAACUACUACAGCUAAGAAAAGAUGGUGACUAUGGUAAGCUUCUUUGAUCUCAUGCUCACCGGGCAUUAUCCUGUGUGCAUGAGAUCAUUUCUUGUGAGCAAAACUACCUUGUGCACAACAGAAACUUGGUUGUGAGGACACAAACUCAUUGAUGUAUGAAAUGAUAUUUUCCUCACAAUGACUUUUUCUGACAGCGUCCCCUUAGGGACUCUGUAGAAAGUUAUCCUUUAUUGGAGAAAACACAGAAAUAAAUGUGUGGAUGUUUGUCACCUUAGGACUUCUGUAAGAAGGUAUCAUGGUCUAGAGCAGUGGUUCCCAACCUUUUUUCUUGGAGACCCCCUCAAUUAUACCUAAGAAAAGCCUAGCCCCCCUAAGACCCACACAAAUUAAAAAGUGAUCUAUUACUUCCAAAAAUCAACAUAAAUUUUAUUUGUUUCAUAGACAAAUAUAAUGGUUGUUAUACCAAAAGACAUUUGUAUAAUCUAUUUAAGUAAAGGUUUACCAUGAUCUUAGUUAAUAUAUGCUCAUCUAAUCUUGACAACCUUAGAGCAGACAACUAACAUUUCACCCACUCAUCAAUCAGUCAGUGAAGCAAAAUAUUAAUUUAAAAUGUAUAUAAAUAAAUUGUACAUUGUUUGAGAAUCUGUUGAUUGGAGGUGGAGUAAUGUGCCAACCUUCUCUGUAAUGGGAGCAUCUGAAGUCACAAUGGCUGUUGUGACUUCUUCAAAAUAUAUCAGAGCAGAUUUUUUCAUUAUCAGUGUUGUUUUCUAAUCCAUCACUCAAACAAUCACACCCAUCAGGUCUCUCUCCCAUCCUUCCAAAUAACAGAUUAAUGGAUUUUUUCACGUGUGAUUGUCUGUCCAACUAGACUUUGGUUGAACAAGAGCUCAUUAAUCAACUGUCUGGAGGGUGUCAGCCCAACCAUAGUCCCUGUCUUAGCUCAGUAUUGAGCACAACAGUUGAAAAUUAGCACCCAGCACAAAGAAGAGCCUAAAGCCAACUUCAUAAAUGUGCCAACAGCUUAAGUUUAGCCAAAUAACCAUGACAGCAGUCUUAAUGUAAAAUAUAAACAGCUUUUUAGUUUGUUCCUUUGAUAAUGGUACAGAGAGAAGAGGUGAAAAGGUGAAUCUGUUACAGGUGGUGAUUUCAAAGUUUCCCUGUUUGUCCUGAACUUUAUUAGAUUUUAUUGGUGCAUCAUGGUGAUUGUCCCGUGUUUAAAUGGGUGUUUAAUCUGUUCUUUCUGAUAUCUUUUUGCAUCCACAUCUGUCUGUAUGUGUGCUGAGCUCAGUCCUGUGUGUUUUUGUUUGGUUUCGGACUGGUUUAGAUGCGGCGUCUAGCUGUCGUAGGAUGUAUUGAUAUGUUGUCUGUAGCACCAGUAGACUGCAUUCCUCUCCUGUGGUACUGAUCUGACCAAACGCUCUGUGGCAGGAGUGCACACGGAGAAAAAAAGGAACAAGCUGCUUUCUAACACAACAGAAUAACAGGCCUUUACCUAAAGGUGUUGAUCACACAGCUGUGCCACCAAUCGAGCUUUGAUUAUGAUCAAUAACGAGGCCUUCUGUGUACAGUUUUGGUGCUGCCGGUCACAGAGGGGUUGUGUUUAUGUGGCUCUCACUGAUUGUAUAUAGAGAAAUAAAGAGUUUAUGAAAGGA